AUGACAUCUCCAUCAUUUGCACUCACCCGGCAAAAUUUGGCCCAACCAGUACCCACCUUAUGGGACGUGGCUAAUAUCUUUGAAUAUGCCACCUCCCGCUUCGCUGCGAUCCGGGAGUCCCUGGACAAGAGCCAAGUAUCUCGCACUCCGCAUUACCAAGAGCGAUUUGUUCAGCAUCUGGUUUGGGAAGCUGAUCGCUUCGUUUUCCCCUUCAUAAACAUGUACGCGAUCAACAACACGCAGCCAUGUUUGUCGGAAUACCUGAAGCAGGUAGUGAAGAUGCUCACGAGCUGGCAGAUGGGUGCUUUGGACAAUCCCAGCCUGUUCCACAAAUUUUCAACACACCAAUUUGACACCUCGGGUGACCUCAUGGUCCGGUACAGGAACCUCUGGAUCCACCAAUACACUUGGUGGAAAGACCGGUUUGACUUGAUGCCGUUUGAGGUGCCCAACCGACUCACUAUGCAUGAGGUCAUACAGCUAUACCGCACCCAUAUGCAACAGACGCCUGCCGCCCACAUUCUGCUGCCAGAGAUCCGCAGGCGUGCAGUGGGUCCAGACCCCUUGCUCAACAAUCUCCGGGUUAUUAGGGAUGAUCUUGAAGACUUGGGGACCAAGCUCAAGGACUGGCUCACCGAAAAGAUCAAAGACGGGAGCACCGCUUUAGAAGAAAUGACCUGA